UUCCCCAAGAAAAGCGGAAGAAGAAUAACGGUCCACCAAGAAACCUAUGGAGGAGCAAGAGUCCCAGCAGCAAGUUUCGUCCCCCGCCGUCUCCGCCCACAUCGCUUCGCUCCUCAAGAGCCUCGCCGUCGUCCCCUCCGCCGCCGCCCCCGCGAUCAUCGAUUGCGUCCUCGUCUCCUCCUCUUUUUCCCCUUCGGCCCUCUUCUCCUUACUCCUCGAAGCAUUCGCAGGCGCCGCGGAGCCGCUUCAAUCGAAUUACAUCUUGUCGUACACGAGUUGUCUUUGCCAUCUGAUCAAGAAAACCCGGUUUCAAGAUGGUUCAAUGCGACAGCUUAUAUGGAGAGUUUUCUUACCUCUUCUCAAAUCUAUCAAUUCGGAUGACUCCGAGUUGUUCAACCAGGUUAAUGGUUUGUUCUGUGACCUUGUGUCCGAGAUUCAGUCAUGGGAUCUUUUGGGAGCCACGUUGGUGCCAUUUUGUCUGAGAUCUUUGGGACUUAUAAUUGGCAUGCCUCAAAAUGAAGAUUUGGCAGCUUAUAAAUGGACAACGAGUGAUGUCGUCGAACAAGGUUCAGAUGACAUCGCUUUAGGAGUUUUACCCUUGCAAAUUGUAUCACAUAUCUUGAUGUCACUACUAGAGUCUGCAAUGACAUGCAGGGAGGAAAUCCAAAGUGUUGGACAAACCUUGAUUAAUGGGGGUGACUCUUUGGAAUGUUUUAUCAAUAAACUAACAUGGGACUUGUCCAGAUUAGCACUUGGAGUGCUUAUGCAGGGUUCAGAAUAUCGCUCUUGUGCUAUGCGCUUGCUCCUUCCGGUUGUUUUUAGCUCGCUCAGUAAGCCGUCUCUGGUUACAAUUCAGGUGCAAGGGUCACAAUAUAGCGUUUCAAGGGCUUGUUUUUCAGAAGAACUAUGGAACUGCUGCUCAUCUUUGUUUACUCUUGGACAUCUAGAGCGGCUGGAUGCAUUUAGCAUACUUUCUUUAUAUUUCUCUAUAUUUUAUGAGAGAGAAGAUUUCGAGCUAUCAGUUGAUAAAACCACUUAUGCAUUAAAUAUAAUAGCCAAAAAGGAAUUUUGGGAGGAAAUUCGCAAGGGAUUGGUGGAUAAGGAUCCUUUUGUAAGAAAGCAAGCACUUUAUAUUCUGAAAAUAAUGUUAAGACACUAUUCCUUUCUUGAAAGCCAAUAUGGUGGAUGUUGCUCUGGUAAUUCAGUAAUGGUAGUAGAGGAUAACAAGAUAAAUUUGAGUAGUGCAACUCCUUCUAGUGUUAGUGUGACAAAACGAGAGAAAUGGGCUGAUACAGAGGCUAGAUCCUUAGGUGUAGGAGAAGUGUGCCAUUUGGGGUAUCAGGAUUUAGAUAGUCAUGGCAGGUGGAAGGUCUUUAUACUCCUUUAUGAAAUGCUUGAAGAGUAUGGAACACACUUAGUCGAGGCAGCUUGGAGACACCAGGUGUCUUUGUUGUUUCAGUCUAGACUACUUAUUAGUUCGUCUUCAAAAUUGUUUUCUUGUGAAGUCUAUGAAUCCCAGAUGGAAAAUCUAGAAGCAAUUUUCAGUUGGCUAGCAGUACUCUGGGAGCGUGGUUUUUGUCAUGAAAACCCUCAAGUCCGAAGUCUAAUUAUGGACUCAUUCUUGUGCAUCGAUUGGGAGAAUGUUGGAACCUAUGCACAAAAAAUUCCUACAAGCUUUGUACUUGGACCCCUUACACAAGCUCUGAAUGAUGUCGUGCACCACAACGACUUUGGUAUAAAGGGAGUGUACACUUCAAAGACAAUAGAACAUGGUAUGAAAUUCUACCAUGAAUUUUCACGUCAGUGGACAUUGAGUGACCGUGCUGCAUUUGUUCGGAUUUUGGCAUCUGUUUUGUUAUCUGAUUCAUUUGGACGAGCUGGGCUAAUGGCUCUUGCCUUGUGUAUGGCUUCAGCUGCUUGUCAUUCUGUUACACACAGUGGAAGUCAAGUAUGUUCGGAUGCAGAACUAAAAUCUACUCAAAGUAGGUUUUUGCCCUGCAGUUCUGCUGAUUUGUUGGACUCUCUGGGAAUUAUUAUUGAGAGGAGUAAACAACAUUUCAAUCCAAACUAUCGUCUUAAAGUUUGUGCACAUGUUCUAAAAGCUGCAUCAUCGCUGAUAAACAUUGUGGAGGUUCAACUUGAUCUGCUGCUGCAUUUUAUAUCAACAGUGCCUCGAGAGUUCACUGAUCAUGCUGGAUCCCUAAGAGUGAUGGUGCGACAAUGGCUUAUGCAAUCUGGUGGUACCAACUUACAAUCUAGUGAUGCCCAUUUACAUGUUCUGAAUAAUCUUAUCAACUUUCCUUCAAGCUUCAUCACGCAGACACAGACAUCUGCCUCAGUUGCUUUUGACGAUGAAGAUGUAGAUUUAUGGGGAAGAGAGGCACAAAGGUGGGCAAGAGUGCUUUUCCUUGUAAUCACAGAGGAGGAACAUAUGGAAGCUGUAUUCAUGUUUCUACAAAAGUCAAGCAGUUGUCUUUGUAAACGGGACUCAUGUAAGGAAUGGGUUCCUAUCAAGUUUCUUAUUCUCAUUUUUGCCUUGGUUGAAGAGCUUCAAGUUGGACGUAGUGACACUGGGUAUUCCUCCACAGCUAGAUUUCAAAUAGAUUCUGGAAUAUCGGAUCAUUUCUCUUCAUUGUUGAUUUCCAUAUAUGACAAAUCCACUGAAACAUUUCUUCCUUUAUUGGAAGAACUUGUCUCUUAUGCUAAGUUAGUAUCACCAACAUUCUGGUCACAUCCUGUCGUGAAUGACAUGCAAUUACCUUUAUCUGUCAAAGGGAAGCUUGGGGGUCCAAGUCAGAGGCGAUUACCAUCUGCAAUGAUUUCUAGGGUUCUGCAAGCUAUUUUCUCUAUCAGGACUGUUGCUUCAAUUUCAACAUGGUGUAAUGAUAUGGCAAGAGGCAAAAUUUCUGAUUCUUCAUUUAUUUUUUUAUGGAACUUUUCUUGGAAAGCUAUCCGGUCUUCUACAUAUGACUCAGAGGCUGGAGCAGAAAUUUGUUUAGCUAUGUAUGAAGCAUUGGCAAGCGUCUUCAAAGCCUUUUCUACCACUUUCACUAAUUCCCAUUUGGAUUUUGUGAUGGAAUAUAACAAGACAUGGUUGCCAAAUGGGGAAGUGACACAUUUGUUAGAUCCUUUGGUUCUUACCUUCCUCCACAAUACUAACAAUCUGCUUGCUAAUGGUCAAUUGACACGAAGCCGGCGAGCAGUUUUAAUGAAUUGGAAGUGGGUUUGCCUAGACUCUCUGCUGUCAAUUCCUCUUAAUGUCAUUUCAAAGGGUCACUUAAAGUCUGCAGACUCCUUAUUUUCUGAUUCAACUCUCAGAAGUGUAUUUGUUGAUAUUGUGGAAAGCCUUGAAAAUGCUGGUGAAAGUUCUGUGUUACCUAUGUUGAAAUCUGUGAGGUUGGUUUUGGGACUUCUAUGUUCCAAUAUGAUACCUCCAAUUAUCACCCCCCAUGGAGUCACUAGUGAGAUGAUGCUGCAGUUGGCUCAGUCUUCUUGGAUAUUACACAUCAAUUGCAACAAGCGUAGGGUUGCACCUAUUGCUGCACUUAUAUCUGCUGUCUUGCAUGAGUCAUUGUUCGGUGACUUGAGCAUGCAUGAGAUGGACGACAAUAACCCUGGCCCUAUAAAGUGGUUCAUUGAGAAACUUCUUGAUGACGGCAAAAGAAGUCCUCGGACUAUUCGACUUGCAGCUUUACACUUAACGGGGUUGUGGCUCUUGUAUCCUGCAACAAUUAAAUAUUACAUAAAAGAGUUGAAGUCACUGACAUUAUAUGGCUCUGUGGCUUUUGAUGAAGAUUUUGAAGCAGAGCUAUCAGAGAAUCAUGAAGCUCAAAUUGAGGUUUCAUUGCUUGCUCGAAGUCCUGAUCAUGAAUUCACAGAGGUGUUUAUCAAUACAGAGAUGUAUGCUCGUGCUUCUGUUGCUGCUCUCUUUUACAAACUUGCAAAUUUUAAUUCUAUGAGAGGAGAAAGGGAACAAAAAGAUGCUGUUUUAAGUGGCAAAAUGUUUUUACUGGAACUGCUCGAUUCUGUGGCUAAUGAGAAAGAUCUUGCAAAAGAGCUUUACAAGAAGUAUAGUGGUGUCCAUAGGCAAAAAGUCCGUGCUUGGCAAAUGAUUUGUAUACUUUCACAUUUUGUUGAGGAUGAUAUUGUUGGGAAAGUUACAUCCAACCUUCACAUUUGCCUCUAUAGAAACAACCUACCUGCCGUGAGACAGUAUUUGGAAACUUUUGCAAUACAAAUUUAUUUAAAAUUUCCAUCUCUGGUUGCAGAGCAAUUAGUUCCUAUUUUUCGCAAUUAUAAUAUGCGGCCACAGGCACUUUCUUCAUAUGUAUUCAUAGCAGCUAAUGUGAUUCUUCAUGAAAGCGAGUUGGCUGUUCAAAGAAAACAUUUAAAUGAAUUACUUCCUCCAAUAAUUCCAUUAUUAACAUCUCAUCAUCACAGUUUACGUGGUUUUACUCAGCUACUAGUUUUCCAUGUACUCUGCAAACUGUGGCCUACUAUGAUUAUUAAUGGUUCAGACGUUGCAUCCUUGGAGAAGAAGUGCUUUGAGGAAUUGAAAUCAUAUUUAGCAGAAAAUAUCGACUGUUCUAGGCUAAGGGCAUCAAUGGAAGGCUUGUUUAAUGGUUUUGAUCCUAGGUCAUCUGCAACUCCUACGGGUGUUUUUGAUGUUCAGAAAGAGGGAUCUGAAUUUGAAUGCGUGCCUGUUUCACUGAUGGAACAAGUCAUGGACUUUUUAAAUGGUGUGAGGGAGGAUCUAAGGCACUCCAUCGCAAAGGAUUCCAUGAUCAUUAAGAAUGAGAGCUUGACAAAUAAUGGUAAGGGCAUGGCAAAAAGACCUGAUGGCAAUGCUGAGGAACCCCAUGCUACUCUGAAGGACAUCAAUUUGGAUUUUCAGAAGAAAAUUACACUGCCCAAAGAAGCGAGGUCACCCAUUGAUGCUAGUAAUGAAAUUACUACAAGUGAUGUUGAGUUUCCAAAACUAAUCUCUGAUCUUGAAAAGGAAGACCAGCUUUUUGGCUCAGUGUUGCAAGCAAGGAAUCGAGCUUUGGACACAAUAAGGCAAAAGCAACAACAAUUUAUUCUUGUAGCGUCAUUGAUUGACCGUAUACCUAAUCUUGCUGGAUUAGCAAGAACUUGUGAGGUUUUCAAAGCAGCUGGUUUGGCCAUUGCUGAUGCUAGCAUUUUGCAGGACAAACAGUUCCAGCUUAUCAGUGUGACAGCUGGGAAAUGGGUGCCAAUUAUUGAGGUUCCAGUUUGCAGUAUAAAAGUUUUCUUGGAGAACAAAAGGCAAGAGGGCUUUUCCAUAUUGGGUCUCGAGCAGACAGCAAAUAGCAAACGUCUAGAUCAGUAUUCCUUUCCGACCAAAACAGUUCUGGUCUUGGGCAGAGAGAAGGAAGGUAUUCCUGUUGACAUUAUCCAUGUCUUAGAUGGUUGUGUUGAGAUACCUCAACUGGGGGUUAUCAGAUCACUCAAUGUUCACGUCAGUGGUGCCAUAGCGCUGUGGGAAUAUACAAGGCAACAAAGACAAAAUCUAUCAUAAUGUUUAUGAAACAACUCGAUUGAUUUAAAUGAAGCUGCAAUUUUUGUACCAUGCCAAACUGUACUAUAUGUACUUAUGUAUAAGGCUAUAUAAUAUUGUGGUAUAUACUCAGUGAAUGAUGUUGUAAUGUUUAAAAUUAUACAUUGUAGACUUCAUUAUAGUGAUCUUAGGAGAUGACAUGGAUUACUCUUGUAUUUGUUGUAUUGAGCUUACUGGUAUAAGCAGGCCAGUGCUAAUCGUUA